GUCAGCUUUUCAUUUGGUGUCGGUCCGCGCGCGUGGAUGCAAGCAUUCCAAAUUCAAAUUCGAAUUGCGAUCGUGAUUAGACUGUUGCAGUGCGUGAUUAUGUUCGACAUUCAAAUUUAAAUAAUAGACAAUGUUGUAACUUUUUUGUUGCCGGCCAGUGUUGUGGACUUAAAACAUGUCGGAACUGCGUGGUUCGCCGCCUCUUUCGAGGGCUAUGGAGGGUGGAUUUGGCGCGCCGUUGGCGGCUCUCAGUUCGCUGGCGGAGGCACCUCCUCCGGCGCCGAACCCUCACGGGAUAGACCACAUCCUGUCGAGGCCGUCGAUAGGGUCUCACGUGGGUGCCGGCUUGCUGACGCCGAGGCUGUCGCUGGCGGCGGCGGCGGCGGGCAUGGCCCACUACCUGCAACACAAGCCCCUGUACUGGCCGGGGUUCCAGGGGCUAGUGUCUAACCCUAUGGCGUGGAGAGAGAGGCUACAAUCAAUGAGCAACGGCGGGUUCAGCGCCUGCGCGGGUCAGGGCGGGCUGGACAAGGACGGCAAGAAGAAGCACACGCGGCCCACCUUCAGCGGGCAGCAGAUCUUCGCGCUGGAGAAGACCUUCGAGCAGACCAAGUACCUGGCCGGGCCUGAGCGCGCCAAGCUGGCCUACGCGCUCGGCAUGACGGAGUCACAAGUCAAGGUAUGGUUCCAAAACAGAAGAACGAAGUGGCGGAAAAAGCACGCCGCAGAAAUGGCUACCGCGAAACGUAAACAAGAGGAGCUGGGCGAGGAGUGCGACGAACAAGAAACGCACGACGCAGACGGCUGCAGUGACGACGAUGAAGCGAAGCGACCCCGCCUGGACCUCCACCUGCACAUGCCGCACCACCGACAGUGAUCCCCCCUCGGCGUGGACCCCUCCGCGCCAAACACCACGGAGCGGACCCACCCGGACCGCUCCGAGCCGUUCCAAACACAGGACGGCGCCUACGCGAGUGCCAAAAGUGACCGCUACGAGAACUAUUAUUACAAUUACGAUUAUAAAAAAGAUUACAAUUAUAGAGACACUAAUGACACGCCGUUCGAUCUGUCCAACUGGCAGGUCCGGGACGAGACAGGACGAGACACUAAAACCAGUGAGUCGCUCGACAGUGACGACGUGAGUGUGAAUGUGAACGAAACUUCUGACGAUAAUCAGCCAAUCAACUUUGCGUAUUAUCACUUUUAAACACUAUUGAUUGCGAGAUAAUGUACCUAUGUUCAUAUGGAAUUGAAACUGUGACAUAUAUUAUUACAUAAGUAGCAUUAUUUCAAUUCCAUAUGCAUUCGAGUUUACUUCAACCCGAUUGGAUAGGUGACAAACCGAUCUCUACAUAGUAACGCUUUUAAAUAUUAGACACUAAAAAAACACAAGAAUAUUCUUAGUAAGCUGAUCAGGAUAACAAACUAAAGUCUUAGGAAAUUGCUUACUUUUUGAUAUGACCAUUAAAUUUACCAAUACACUAGAGAUUGUAAAUCCACUUAGGUUUACAUGUCUAAAAACCUAUUGUUUAAAACCAAAUAAUUGUUAAUUCGGAAAAUAAAUCGAAUGCUAUGUAUAAAAGAAAUGAAUAUAGAUAUAAGUAUUGUAAAUAAAUUAUACUAUGUGAUACUUAAGUAAUUUAUUGUAAGCUGUAACUAGGUUUUACAUAAAAACGUUUUGUGACGUAGUACUUCGGUUAAGUGAUUCUGUAAAUUUCUUUUUAAAAUUCUUGGUGCCAAGUGGUAGUGAAUUGAAUAUAGAUCUUACUACACUUUCAAUAAAAAGUAAGGCAUAUUGUAGACAAAAAUAAAUUAACACGUUAUAAGUUUAUUUUGAUAAUAUUUCAAAAUUAACUGAUAAUGUAAUAAUUAUUGUAAAAUCUAAAGGUGGGUCAAAUUUAUUGCUAAGAAGUGUACUUAAUUCGUUAUAGAACAUACUCUGUUUUAAUAGUAUCUGAGUACUUUGGCUUGAUUUUAUUAGUUAAAGGCUAACCACAAGUUGCACCUUUCAGCAAUAAAGUAGAUUUAUGUCGAGUAUAUAAAUAUAAAACAAGCAUAUUUCAUUACAGACCAACAUUUACAAGUAUCGAAGCCUCAAAAGCUCUACUGUAUUAUUUCGAUAAGUAUUAAUUACUUCAAUUAUGUAAUUACAUCUAUAAGUAGCCGCACUAAACACCGAGGGGCAUGGUCUAAGUUCCAUAUCCCUUUAUAACAGACUUCAAAAAAAGGAGCAGGUUCUCAAUUUCUUAACCAAUUUUGAAAAUUCUUUUUUUGUUCAAAAGAGUAUACCUACUUUCAGAUUGGUGUCGUUUAAUUUUCAUGAAAUUCGGUUUAGUAAUUUUGUGUUAAAAUGAAAAUAACGAAAUUGCCAAAAUAACCGACUUCAUAAUCACAACAAUAAACUAAAAAGCGAGAAAUAACAUCGUAUGUGUUACCUUCUGAUCACUUCGUAGGCGGUGCCAAAACAGUUAUGCCGAUUAAAUCAUAAAAUUUUAGGAUUCAAAGACAGUUCUUUCCCGUGGUUCUUUCAGAAUCGGCUUUAAUUAAUAUGUUACUGGCUUGGCACCGUCAAAGUGAUCAGAAGUUAGCACAUACGAUGUUAUUUUUCGCUCCAUUAAAAGAGGCUGAUUACACUGAAGUUGAUUGCUUAACGUAAACCAAAACUGAUGUUGGUC